AUGGCCUCAGACUGGGACCCCACCUCGAUUUACAGUCGGUCUGCCCUGAGCCCCCUGUUAGGUCAGACCCCCACACAGGGCUGCUUUCCUUGCGUGAUGUCUUGCAACACCCCUCAUCAGAGGCCUCCAAAGGCAGAGUCUCCCCCCAAGAGGAGGAAGAAGAGAUACCUGCGUCAUGACAAGCCCCCCUACACCUACUUGGCCAUGAUCGCUCUGGUAAUUCAGGCAGCGCCUUUCCGCAGGCUGAAGCUGGCUCAGAUCAUCCGUCAGGUCCAGGCAAUGUUCCCCUUCUUCAGGGACGACUACGAAGGCUGGAAGGACUCCAUCCGCCACAACCUUUCCUCUAACCGGUGCUUCCGGAAGGUGCCCAAGGACCCUGCAAAGCCCCAGGCCAAGGGCAACUUCUGGGCGGUGGAUGUGAACCUGAUCCCAGCAGAGGCGCUACGCCUUCAGAACACUGCUCUGUGCCGGCGAUGGCAGACCCGGGGCACACGCAGAGCUUUCGUCAAGGACCUGAGCCCCUACGUGCUCCACGGCCGGCCUUACCGGCCGCCCAGUCCCCCACCACCAUCCAGGGACGGUUUCAGCAUCCAGUCCCUGCUAGCUGACCCCGGGAAAGGAUCAACAUGGCCCCAGCAGCCUGCGCUAGCUGGACAGAGCAGUUCAGCUCAGGCAGGUACCAGCUCCAAGGGGGAAGAAGAGAUGUGUACUGCGCCCCGUAACUCCACUGAGAAGCCUCUGUGGCCCCUCUGCUCCCCUCCUGGGCCCACAAGAAUAGAGGGGGAGACUUCCCAAGGGGAAGUAAUCAGGCCUUCUCUUUCCCCAGAGCAAGGCACCUGGCCAGUUCACUUACUUCAGGGUUCCCAAGAUCCCAUGGGGAUGUCCAGCAGGGGGUGCAGAGCUUCCCUGUGGGGACAGCUACCCACUUCUUACUUGCCCAUCUACACUCCCAAUGUAGUAGUGCCCUUGGCCACACUACCUCCCACCUCUUGUCCCCAGUGCCCAUCUUCAACCAGCCCAGCCUACUGGAGUGUAGGUACUGAAUCCCAAGGAUCCCCGGAUCUGCUCUGUGAUCUAGAUUCCCUCUUCCAGGGAGUACCACCCAACAAGAGCAUCUAUGAUGUGUGGGCCAGCCACCCUUGGGACCUGGCUGCUCCUGCCCCCGGCUGGCUGCUCUCCUGGUACAGCCUGUAA